AUGUCGAACAUCAGAUUCAAUUCUACUACCUCAUCGCCCAAAAAAGUUAGUGGUUUCUCGACUUUGUGGAAGAACACCAAGAGAAUCACCGCUUUAGCUAUUUUGGGUUCUGUGGGUUUUGUUGGUUACAAGAUAUACGCCGACAAAGAACCUGCCAACCAGAUUAAACAAGUACCAGUUUUCGAAACAGGCCAAAGAAAGAAAACAUUGGUGAUUUUGGGUUCGGGUUGGGGUUCCAUCUCCUUGUUAAAGAAUUUGGAUACCGCCUUAUACAACGUUGUGGUGGUUAGUCCUAGAAACUACUUCUUGUUCACUCCUUUGUUACCCUCCUGUCCAACUGGAACUGUUGAAUUACGUUCCAUCAUUGAACCUGUUAGAUCCGUUACCAGAAGAUUACCUGGUGAAGUUAUUUAUUUAGAAGCUGAAGCUACUAAAAUUGACCCUGUUAAUAACAAAUUGACCAUUAAGCAAUCUACUACUGUCCACUCUGGUCACUCCGGUAAGGACACUUCUUCUUCCAAGUCCACUCUUAACAGUGUGGAAGAGAUUACUACUUCUUUGAACUAUGACUACUUGGUGGUUGGUGUCGGUGCUCAACCUUCUACUUUCGGUAUUCCUGGUGUUGCUGAAAACUCCCUUUUCUUGAAGGAAGUGAGUGACUCCAUCAAAAUCAGAAAAAAGUUGAUGGAUGUAGUUGAAGCUGCCAAUAUUUUACCUAAGGGUGAUGCUGACAGAAAGAGAUUGUUGUCCAUUGUUGUUUGCGGUGGUGGUCCAACAGGUGUUGAAGUUGCUGGUGAAUUGCAAGAUUACAUUGACCAAGAUUUGAAGAAAUGGAUCCCAGAAGUUGCCAGUGAAGUCAAGGUCACUUUGGUCGAAGCUUUGCCUAACGUCUUGAAUAUGUUCAACAAGAAAUUGGUUGACUACACGAAGCAAGUUUUCCAAGAUACUAACAUUGAUUUGAAAACCAACACCAUGGUUAAACAGGUGACUGACAAGAACGUUAUUGCUCAAGUGAAAUCUCCAAAAGAUGGAUCUACCGAAAUAGUUGAAAUUCCUUACGGUUUAUUAAUCUGGGCUACUGGCAAUGCACCAAGACCUAUUACUAGAGACCUUACAUCCAAGAUUGAAGAACAAAAGAAUGCUAGAAGAGGUUUGCUAGUUAACGACAAAUUGUUGGUUGAUGGUACCGAUAACAUUUUUGCUUUAGGUGACUGUACUUUCACCAAGUUCGCUCCAACUGCUCAAGUGGCUUUCCAAGAAGGUAUAUUCUUAGGUUCUCACUUUAAGAAGUUGCACGAAAUUGAGUCGUUGGACUUCCAAGUCAAGAAUGCUAAAGAUUUGGACUCUGUUCAAAUUGAAAGACUUUCUAAGAAGCUGGCCAAAUUGAAGGAAAAGUUGCCAAUAUUCAAAUAUAAUCAUCAAGGUUCUUUGGCUUACAUUGGUUCUGAAAGAGCUGUAGCCGAUUUGGUGUGGGGUGACUGGUCCAAUGUUACUACCGGUGGUACCAUAACCUACUUGUUCUGGAGAUCUGCCUAUAUCUAUAUGUGUCUUUCUGUCAGAAACCAAUUCUUGGUAUGUUUGGAUUGGAUGAAAGUGUCACUUUUCGGAAGAGAUAUUUCGAGAGAGUGA